AUGGACAGACGUUUUCCAUUUCUUAUUGUUGUCUGGGUGGUGAUAGGAUCUGUCACCGGUGAUUGUCCUAGUGGGUGGGUUAGUCACCGGGAUUCCUGCUACUUUUUAAGUAACCAUAACGCUAACUGGUACGACGCAGGGUUCACAUGUGAGGCCAUUCAUAGCAGGAGAGUAACCAUCGACUCAGAUGACGAGAAUGAUUUUUUGGCUGGGACUUUAAAGCAUUUUAGAGGCGCCUUUCAUUCGGAUGCCUUCUGGACAGAAGGAACAUCGGAGGGCUCAUCAGAUGGUAGUUAUAAGUGGGCAACGUCACAAGACCCCAUUACGUACACUAGCUGGGGCCCUAAUGAGCCAAAUGCCACUCUCGGUGACUGCUUCGUGUUGAAACUCGACAGAUCCUGGCAAUCUAGAGAUUGUCACUAUAGUCAAGGCUUCAUCUGCGAAAUCAGUCGCCAACAGACAGACUGCAUUACAAAGGAAGGUGGAACCAUAAUUGGAUAA